AAUAGCUGAAAGCAACUUGAGAAAUGUGUCAGAGCAGGAUGUCCUCUUAAAUAUCGUGUUGCAGGAGGGUUUUAACCCUGGAAAAAGAGGUUUGUGGAAGAAAAAUAUCAAAUUUCACAGCUCCAUCCAUCUCAGAGGUUUUCUACAGAGUGACAUUAUGGCGAGUGAAGAAUCGGCUUCAGGUCCUCCACUGAUACGAAGCAGCAGCUUUGAGUUGAUUCCACCUGACAUGUCGGAGCUGAGGCUGGUUCUGCUGGGGAACAGCUGGUCUGAGAGGAGCUCAGUGGGAAACUUCAUUCUGGGAAUGAAGUCAUUCAACACAGAAGAAGAACUGGAUCAAUGUGUUUGUGUCAGCGGGGAGUCUCAGGACAAAAGAAUCGUUCUUAUCAACACCCCAAACCUCCUGCAACCAAACAUGUCUCAGACAGAACUGACAGAACAUGUUGAACUUUGUGUGAGUCUCUGUGAUCCUGGACCUCAUCUGUUCCUGCUGGUUAUUCAGCCUGAAGUCUUCACUGAGCAGAACAGUCAGAGGCUUCAGUUCAUCCUGGAGAACUUCAGUGAGCAGUCCUGGACUCAUUCAGUCUUACUGAUAUCAGCAGCUGAGGGAAAGAGGUUGUCACUACUCGAGAAAACUUUCCCCUCAUGGAGAGGCUUGGUGAAGAAAUGUAGACUCAAACUGCUGUGGAACAAAAACCUCCAACGACACCUGUUGACGUGCAUGUGGGACAUGAUGAAGGAGAACAACGGAGAGCCUGUGACACCAGAUGUUUUCAGAGAUGCACAUUUAAAUUUACCUUCUGCUCGAAAAAGUUCGAACCAAGAUGGAGGUUCUCCCAGCUCCAACCAGGAUCCUGUUGAAGGAAACAAACACGAACUCAGGUUCAUGCUGUUUGGAAAAAGUGAUGAUCACAAAACAUCAUCGGGAAACAUCAUCCCUGGAAAACAAGAGUUUAAAGCUUCAUUCCAGUUUCCAGGAGAAAACUGUGUGUCUGCCAGUGGGGAGUGGGACAGAAAACCUUUGACUGUGGUGAAAACUCCAGAUGUCGUUAAUCUGUCAGUGGACCUUCAAGAGUUGAUGCAGAAAAUGGAAACGAUAGUGAACACCCUCAGAGGAGAGUUUCUGGUCGUAGAUAAAGAAACAGAUGUUGGAACAGUGAGAAGAGAAGCCAAACCUCCUGUGAACCUGGUGUUGUUUGGCAGAAGAGGAGCUGGAAAGACGUCAGCAGUCAAUGCUAUACUGGGACCAGGAAGGUUUGGACCAGCUGCCAAAUCCUCAGAGUGUGUCAGAAACCAGGGAGAGGUGUGUGGACGGUGGGUCUCUGUGGUGGAGCUGCCUGCUUUGUGUGGAAGAUCUCAGGAGGAGGUGAUGGAGGAGGCUCUCAGCUGUGUCUCCCUCUGUGAUCCUGAAGGUGUCCACGCCUUCAUCCUGGUCCUGCCUGUGGGUCCACUCACUGAUGAAGACAAGAGAGAGUUAGAGACCAUCCAGAAGACCUGCAGCUCUCGAGUCAAUGACUUCACCAUGAUUCUGUUCGCUGUGGACUCAGAUCCUUCAACUCUCAAAUUUCCAAAGGGAAACAAGGAGGUAGAAGAGUUGAUUCAGAGCUGUAGUGGAGAACAUUUUGUUCUCAACAUCAGUGGAAAACAAGAACUUUCAAGGUUGUUUUAUAAUGUCGAUACAAUGAGAGACAGGAAUGAACCACACUCCUACACAAUGAAAAUGUUCCAUCAAGCUCAAAUAACAAAGAUGAUCCAACAAGAAAAGAACAUCAACCUCCUCCAGUCUGAGCUCAAGGAUCUGAAAGCAAAGAACACAGGCAUCUGUGAUGAGGAGAUACAGAACACAGAGUGUCUCCGGAUUGUUCUUCUGGGGAAGACCGGCAGUGGAAAGAGCUCCUCGGGAAACACCAUCCUGGGAAGAAAGGAGUUUAAAGCUGCACCUGGAGGGAAAUCAGUCACCAAACAUUGUCAGAAAGCAGUGGGUGAAGUGAACAAUCGGGAGAUCAUUGUGGUCGAUACUCCAGGACUGUUUGAUGACAGUUUGUCCAAUGAAGAGGUGAAUAAAGAGCUGGUGAAAUGUGUGAGUCUUCUGGCUCCAGGACCACACGUCUUCUUGUUUGUGGUGAGACUCGGCAGAUUCACUCCAGAAGAGAAAGAAACACUGAAACUCAUCAGGGAAGCAUUUGGAAAGAAUUCUCUGCACUUCAUCUUCAUUCUGUUAACAGGAGGAGAUGAACUGGAUGAUGCUUUGCUGUCAGAUGAAGAAUACAUUAGAAAUAAUUGCGAUGAUUCAUUUAAGAGUUUGAUUGCUAACUGUGGAGGAAGAUACCAUGUGUUCAAUAAUCGUAUACGAAACCCCAAUCAAGUCAGUGAGCUGAUAGCAAAGAUCGACUCCAUGGUGAAGAGAAACGGAGGGGACUGCUUCACCAAUGAGAUGCUGCAAGAAGCUGAGGCAGCGAUACAGAAAGAAAUGGAAAAGAUCCUGAAAGAGAAGGAAGAAGAGAUGAAGAGAGAGAGGGAGGGACUGGAAAAGAAACAUGAGGAAGAAAUGCAGAAGAUGGAGAUGAUAAUGGAAAAACAAAGAGCUGAACUGGAGGAGGAGAGAAAACUGAUAGAAGACCAACUGAAGGAAAAGGAAGAAAACAUCAGGAAGGAGCGAGAGCUGAGAAAGAGAGAACAGGAGGAGAGAGAAAAAGAAGACAGAAUGAAGAGAAGACAGGAGGAAGCUGAAAGACAAGAAUGGAAAGAAAAGCUUGAAGAUUUGGAGAAAAAGAUAAAAUCUGAAUCUGAACAAAAAGAGUUCAUUGACAAAAAACUGGUGGAGUCUGGAGAGGAGAUGAGGAAGGAGCGAGAGAUCUGGGAAGAGAAAAGAAAAGAGUGGUGGAAGAAAAGAGAGAAAGAAGGUGAAGAAAUACGACAACAGCAGAAAACAAAACUGUUAAAGCUUCAGAAAGAAUUUGAGCAGGAAAAAGAAAAAUAUGAAAAGAAAAGAAAAGAAGAAGAUAAAAAGAAACAGGAGGAAGAGGAGAAGAAGAGACAAAAAUUAAAAGAAAACCACAAGAAAGAAUUGAAGAAUAUCAAAAAGAAACAUGAAGAGGAGGCCAGAAAACAAGCUGAAGAGUUCAAUGAAUUCAAGAACAGUAAAGACAGGGACUUUGCAGCUUUAAAGGAGAAACAUUCAAAGGAAGUGAUCGAACUAAAGAAGAACUAUUCAAAACAGCAACAGGAGUGAAAGAAGGCAUCAAUUAACUCUUGUCUGAUCUGAAAACAGAUUUGGAUAAAAGGAUGACAGAGAAAAUCUAUAGCUUGAAAGAAGUUGAACGAAAUGAAAUGAAUGCUUUAGAGAAGUAAUCUCAAACAGAUAACAGAUUAGAGAAAGGCUGAAUGGAAAAGAAACGAAGCAUGAAGAAGAAAUACAUAAUCUGAGGAUAACAGUGGAGGCUCAACAGAAACAAACCUGGAAGAAAAAAAUGGAUGAACGACAGAAACAACAAGAUGAAGAGAUAGAUGACUUCAGAAAUGAAGCUUUCAAUGGUAUCAUAACUGCAUGGGAAAAAGAAAUUAAUAGGCCUAUACAGAAACAACUGAUGAAAACAUUGAACCAGAAUAUCAGAGAUGGAGAUGCUGAUGUGAAAGAGUUUGAAAAACAGAAAAAAGCAUGAGAAAGAAAUGAAGCAUGUCAAAGCGAAACUCUUGCCAAAGCAGAGCUGAACAAUUUCUCGAAGUUGAUCAGACAUCCGUGAAGAUUCAUGAUUCACAAAUGUACAAAGUGCUGCCUCCGUAUUUCUUCUCCCUUCCUGCUCAGCAUGACCUGGUACUCGACCAUGUUCUACUUUUCUUCUUUUUAUUGUGAAAUAUUAACCUGCAGAUGAUCUGGAAAGACACUGACCUGAUCCUGGACUUUACAAUGCAAAGAGUCACUGCUGGAAAGUUCUUCUCUUGUUCUCUUUAAAGGAAAUGUGUAGAUGAUGGAUGAUGAUGUUUCCAUCCAUCCAUCCAGAUGAGCAGUCCAUCCCAGGGCACAGACAGGGAGACAGACUGGACGUUUCCAGACUCCAGCAGACUUCAGACACUGUGGGAGAAACAGACGUCCUGGUAGAGGGAGCAGCAUGCAGCUCCACUCUGACAGGACUGGACAUGAAGACCUUGUUGCUGUGAAGGAAGAGUUUGAACGACUCCAGCAGAGCUCAGCUCCAACUCUCCUCAUUCAAAAGAAAAGAUCUGCUGUCAUUACAAUGGAGACUUUAGCGCCUCCUACAGGCCUAUAGAAGCCUCACAAAUUACUGCUGAUUAAUACUUCUGUUGAAAUGGAUCCUACUCCUGGACUUCAGGAUCCUGGUUCUCAUCAGGGUUCUCUCAUGUUUCCACAUGUGAACACCACGUCCAGAUAAAUUGUUAUUCCAGUUUAUAAAGUCCAGGUUUGUUUAUGUACGUCUUUCUAAGAUUCACACACAGCUACGACUUGAUUUCAUGACUGUUCUGUUCAUCUUUGUGAUUUACUGACCUGUUGCUUCUUUGCAUCUGAAACAUUGAAAUCUGAUUUUUCUUGUUUUAUUUUAAAUACAGCAAAGUGGAGAUGAGAAACUGAGUGUCCAGCAGGACAUUUACAACCUGUGCUUGAAGCUACACUCCUUAACUGCUGCAGUGCGUUGUAAUGUUUCAUAUAACACAGUAACAGCUGAGAGUUGACAAAGUUGACUUUGAUUUAUGACUUUUUCAGGCAGAUUGUCAUGUGAGCUUAGAUUAAGAUGUUUCUUUGAGAAAUGUUUUAAAAAAAAGUGUUUUCUGAAUGAUGAAUGUAAAUUCUCCUGAAGAUUUUUUGUGGCAAGUGGGAAUUUUAGUAAACUGUCAUAGCAAACAACACUGGACUGAUCAGGUGUUUUAGUUUUUGUUUUUUUUUAGUUCAGGUAAAGCUGAAAAGCAGCAGAGCGAAGUGGAUCACACAAUGAGGGGCAAAGGAGAGAGAGGUUAGGGGUUCCUGCCCCGAGUGCCCCAAUCUCUACCGUCACCACUGUUGACUGUCGCUGGGGAUGCCAACAUCAAACACUACUGCUAUCUUCUAAUUUUUCUCCAACACCGCUAUGUCAGGCUGACUGGCCAUCACCAGUUUGUCAGUCUGAAUCUUGAAGUCCAUGUCGUUCCAUGUCUGCCUUUUCUGCCAGCGUCUUGCUCCCUGCUGUGAUGUGCUGUACUGUUUCAGGGGCUUCACAUUAUUUGUGAAAUUAUUACACUAUUGGGUUUCAUUACAUUUUUGAUCAAGUAAAAUGCAAAUUUUAUUACAGUUUCAAUUUGUUCCUCAAAUGUCGGCCUGUUUUCAGGUCUCUGCACAUAUUCGAUGAUUCAGGAUUGGAAAAGGAAACAUGUAGCCUAUUUUUUCAUGAAUGUUUUGUAAAGAUGCGUACAAAGAAUAAAUUGUCAGAUUCCGCAUGGAAGGAGCAUGAUAGCUGAAAGCUCUGCUUCCCGUCCUACUCCUAGAGAACCUGAGAACCUCCAGUAGGUCAGCACUCUGAGAACCAAGUGCAUCGGCAGCACCAGGGGGCUUGGGAGUGCUCUCGGUCUCCCUGGGAUAGCCAUAGCACCACCAUUAGCACCCCCAAGAAUUUUUUUUUUCUGUGUGAAUAGUCGAAUUUGUUGCCUGGUUAAUUGAUGAGUACGCCAAUAAAACAUGUUUUUUGUUUUUGGUUUUUUUUUAAAUUACAUUUUAUGUUAUUUUUUCCAGAAACAAAAAAACUGUGUGGUCUGAAUCAGCUAGUAGAUGCAGGCUAUGCAUCUACUUUAUAUUUUAUCCAGCAUACUUACUCUAAACAAAAUAAAUGGAUGGGUGCAUGAGUGGUUAGUGCUUUUGCCUCACAGCAAGAAGGUCCUGGGUUCAAUCCCCGGACCGCGCGGGCCUUUCUGUGUGGAG